AUGGCAUCCCGCGCGGUGGCCAAGCCGGUGAUGGGCUUCCUUCCCCAGAUCAGUCGACGCUGCUGCCAGUCCCGCCCGACGACCGCAACUAAGGAAGCGCCGCCCGGGACGCGGCCACGUGGCCCACCGGCAGUCCGACGUGAGCAGCACAGCGGCGGCAGGUGAGGAAGAAAAGAGAGGAAUCCGGCCGGACUUCGUCUACGGCGCCCAGGAGAGGUAGGAGGCUAGGAGCGGGCCGGGCUGUGUUGCUUGUGGGGCAGCAGGGAGGCUGCAGUCUGGGCCCUGGGCGGCGUCCCCUCCUGGCAAUGCUGCUGCGGAUCCCCCAGACGGCGGCCCUCUGGACGCGACCCGGAGCACGCCGGGCUUUUUCGCCAACAGAGGCUGGGGCUGGCGAGCCCCCUGUGCGUUAAGGAGCCCGAGGGGGACGCCAUGGUCGAGGAGUGGAGGGCACCCACUGGCGCUGCCUGGACUCCCAGCAUGAGGAGCUCCCCCCAUUUCUUGUUCUUUCAGGAAACGUACAGCCCAGCAGGGCCACAGAGCAGCAAUGGGGUGGGGAGUUUCAUCCUUCACACUGACCCAGUAAGUCUGCCUUUGCCAUCCUGGUGCCUCCAUAUGUUUUUGACUACAACUCCCAUCAGCCCCCAAACAUCUAGAGGGCACCAGGUUGGCAUUUGCAAAGGAAGGGCUGGUGGUGCCAGCCUCAGACUCUUCCUCCACAUAUGUUUGGCCUCCCAGUCCAGAGCUGAGUUACCCAGCCGAACAGCAGGCACUGAAAGCCACCAAGAACAGCUCUUUGGGGCUUCAUUGUGGCUCUCUCUAAUGUGGGCUCUUCUGUCUUUCUUAGUUCUAUUUCAGAGCAGCAGAGGAGCCUCUGGUUGCCUCCGCCCUAA